AUGCUGAAAUUUCAAGAAACUGCUAAGCAUGUCACUGUUGCCAGAUUUAAUUCUGCUUGCUCAGAUGCUAUGAUUGCAAGAAGAUACACUAUUCAGAGAAAACUUGGCAAUGGAAGCUUUGGAAGUGUAUAUCUGGUUUCUGAUAGAAAAGCAAAACAAGGAGAAGAAUUAAAAGUUCUAAAGGAAAUCUCUGUUGGAGACCUAAAGCCUAAUGAAACAGUUGAAGCAAAUCUGGAAGCACAACUACUCUCCAAAUUAGACCAUCCAGCCAUUGUCAAAUUUUAUGCAAGCUUUGUGGAGCAAGAUAGUUUCUGCAUUAUCACUGAAUACUGUGAGGGUGGAGAUCUAGACUUUAAAAUUCAAGAGUACAAAGAAUCUGGGAAGAUAUUCACUCAAAGACAAAUAACAGACUGGUUUAUACAGCUGUUACUCGGAGUCAACUAUAUGCAUGAAAGGCGGAUACUUCACAGAGAUUUGAAAGCCAAGAAUAUAUUUUUGAAAAAUAAUCUUCUUAAAAUUGGGGACUUUGGAGUCUCUCGUCUUCUGAUGGGUUCAUGUGAUCUGGCAACUACGUUUACUGGGACACCAUACUACAUGAGCCCAGAAGCACUGAAGCACCAGGGAUAUAACACAAAAUCUGACAUUUGGUCUCUGGGAUGCAUUUUAUAUGAGAUGUGCUGUAUGAACCAUGCGUUUACUGGCCACAAUUUUUUGUCGGUUGUGUUAAAAAUUGUAGAAGGUGAUACACCUUCUCUUCCUGACAGAUAUCCAAGCAAACUGAAUGCUGUGCUGUGCAGCAUGUUAAAUAAGAAUCCUUCAUUGAGACCAGCAGCAGCAGAGAUCCUAAAAAUCCCUUAUAUUGAUGAACAGCUAAAGAAUACACAGUACAAGUUAACAAACACGACUGUGAAAGACAAGGCACUUAACUGGCAGAAAGAGGCUGCUCCCAUUUUUGAUGCUGUGCAGAGGAAAGUUCAUCUACAAACUCUGCAGGAACUGUCUGAAGUACAGAAAAUGACACCACGGGAACGAAUGAGGCUGAGGAAGUUAAAUGCUGCAGAUGAGAAAGCAAAGAAGUUGAAACAGCUGGCAGAAGAAAAAUAUCAAGAAAAUAUCAAAAGAAUGCAAGAAUUCAGGUCCCGUAAUUUUCAGCAGCUGAAUGUCAAUGUCCUACGUGAAUCUGAUGAGCAGACUUCAAAACCCCUAAUUCAUUCUCAGCCAGUCAUUACAUGUGACUACGUGUCCAUAGGACAUGAUGAACCAAGUGGAAAUGAGACAUCAAGUCAGCUCUGCAUGUCUGAACUUACAGACCAUGAGAUCCCUGAAGACCCAGAAAUUGCAGAAGAAUAUUAUAAUGAUGAGUUUGAAUCCUGUUCAGAAGGCAGUGAAGAAGAGGAGGACGUGGAGACAUCACAGACAGUCUCUAAGACAAAUCACCAGGACAGUGAUAUCGAGGCAAUGGUCAAGUAUUUGGAGAGUGUCCUGAAUAAUAACUCAUUGGGCUCGGGGACUGUCACCGGAGUGUCUCCAGGGGCGCUUCAGGGAUUCAGAGCUCUCAACAGCACUAUGGCUGAGACCAAACUGAAACGCAUGAGGGAAUCUGCCAUCGGGAAGCUGGGAGCAGAGGUAUUUGAGGCUGUGUACAGCUAUCUCAAGCACGCGAGACAGCAGAAUGCCAGUGAGGAGGAGAUCAGGAGAUACCUGGAGAAACUGGUUUCUAGAGCAAGCGAUUGCUUUGAAGUGGAUCAGCUUCUCUACUUCGAGGAGCAGCUACAGGCUUCAGAAGCACAUCUUCAGCUGUUAAAUGUGUGUCAGUAA